UCGUCGGCCUCCUUCCCUGUUUCCAUUUGCCUUGUUUCUUCAGUUCUCCACUUCCACCUGCACAGAGAGAGAGAGAGAGAGAGCGCAGCGCCAUUCAUUGCUAAAUUAAGAAGCAACAAUGGCUGCCUCUAUGAGAAAUUACACUGCUUCCUCGUUGUUAUUUGUAAUGCUGUUCAUCUUCAGCGUUGGAGCUGCAAUAGCUAAAAAAGAGAUUCAACAAUCAAGUGUUGGACAGAAAAUGGACUUCGAGCGCUUUAAUAUCUCAAGAAUGCCGGAUAGGUCAAAUGAAGAAGCUGAAGCACGGAACGAUCGAGCCGUCCAGGAUCCAGAAAUGAUCGCUUCCAUGGUUGAGACGAGUAUUCGAAAUAGCACUGAGAGGAGGAAUUUGGGGUUCUUCUCAUGUGCAACCGGCAACCCCAUAGAUGACUGCUGGCGUUGUGACCGCAAUUGGCAACUUAACCGGAGGCGCCUCGCUGAUUGCGCCAUCGGGUUUGGGCGCAACGCCAUCGGUGGUCGUGAUGGCAGGUACUACGUUGUCACCGACCCGAAUGAUGAUGACCCAGUAAACCCCAGACCCGGCACCCUACGGCAUGCUGUGAUCCAGGAUAGGCCUCUGUGGAUUGUGUUCAAACGGGACAUGGUGAUUACACUAAAGGAAGAGCUGAUCAUGAACAGCUUCAAGACAAUUGAUGCUCGUGGAGUCAAUGUCCACAUUGCCAACGGGGCCUGCAUCACCAUCCAGUUUGUCUCGAAUAUCAUUAUUCAUGGCCUCCAUAUCCAUGACUGCAAACCCACUGGCAAUGCAAUGGUCAGAAGCUCCCCAUCUCAUUAUGGAUGGAGGACCAUGGCUGAUGGCGAUGGCAUUUCCAUUUUCGGGGCAAGCCACAUAUGGAUUGAUCACAAUUCUCUCUCUAACUGUGCCGACGGCCUUAUUGAUGCAAUUAUGGGAUCCACUGCAAUUACCAUCUCCAACAAUUACUUCACCCACCACAAUGAGGUGAUGCUACUGGGACAUAGUGACUCCUAUGCAAGAGACAAGAUUAUGCAGGUAACCAUUGCCUACAACCAUUUUGGAGAGGGACUUAUCCAGAGAAUGCCAAGGUGUAGGCAUGGCUAUUUCCAUGUGGUAAACAAUGACUACACCCACUGGGAAAUGUAUGCUAUUGGUGGCAGUGCAGAUCCAACUAUUAACAGCCAAGGGAACAGAUAUCUGGCACCUUUCAAUCCUUUUGCGAAAGAGGUGACAAAGAGAGAAGACGCAGAUGCUAGAAGAUGGAGGCACUGGAAUUGGAGAUCAGAGGGAGAUCUUAUGCUCAACGGUGCCUUCUUCACCCCAUCAGGCACAGGUGCCGCCGCCAGCUACGCCAGGGCCUCGAGCUUGGGGGCCAAGUCCUCCAACAUGGUCGGCUCCAUUACGGCCGGCGCCGGCGCCAUUGAUUGCCGGAAGGGCUUCCAAUGUUAGUUACCCCCCCUCCCCCCCCCAACAAUGAUGAUCAUAUUUUCUUUUCCUCCUUAAAUUAUUAUACCCAAGCUAAGUUUGCAGCGGUUCCGUUUCUAUCCUCUCUUUGCAUCUUUCCCUUCCGAUAAUAUAACAUUCGACAAGUGUACAUUUUUCUACAUGAGUCGUCAGGUCAUCACUUCUACGUACGUUAUAGUCUCAUGUACCCUAAACUCCAAAGCUCGAUACCUUCUUCGUCAAGCCCGUUCCGAAAUCAUCCGGGUUUCCUUACCUCCCGCAACAUUUCUUAUUUUGUUUUGGUCCAGGGGAAUUCAAUCGCCCUCUUUUGCCUCUCCUCCCAUUUAAGUAGGGUUUAUAUGGCAAAAGAAAAACGGGGAUUGAUUUCAUUAUUGUGUACCUAUUAUUUAUAGAUGGCAUUAAGCCUAAAAGUCUUCUGUGGUAAAACUUCCUGUUUCUGUAAUUAUAUAAAGUGUCCACGAUUUGUUUCUAA